AUGCUGCCUCCCAUGAAGCGACCAUCAUCAAGGAAGAAUGAGGCUGAUGAGGAUGGCGAGCCGGAGACCAAGAAGAGGCCAGCAGCUUCCAGUGGAAGCAUGAACAAGGCGAUCAAUGCGCUGAAGCAUGGCCUCAAAUCUUCAAGCUCCAAGAAGGACGAGGACGACAACGAUGAAGAGUCUGUUGGAGAUGAUGCGGAGGAAUCUCACCUCCGCGACAAAGGAAAGAAUUUGAAAUUUAACUCGAUGAGGAGGAGUUUGCCGGCCCACAUCAUUCACCUCUACGACACCGAGGCCCUUUCGAAGCCAAGUCCUCGCGAGUUCAGGACGCAGGUGAUCAACCAGCUGUUCACGAAGUUGAAGAACGGCAGAUACUCGUUGAACGCGGAGAAACCUAUGUUUCAAGAGGCCAAGAAGCUCUACGAGCGCAAAUACGGCAAGGAUUCCGAGACCGGAUUGCCGAAGAGUGUGUUGAAAGGGCUCUACUUUCAGAACUCGGAGAGCGCCUUUCAAGAAGCCAUUAGCAGUGGCGACGUGUAUGUCAUGAACUCCGAGGAUGGUGUGGAGUUCUUUGGCUUUCGCAAGAUCGAAGCUGGGCGCGAGAGGGGCACUACUCGGGAACAGAGUGUCCUCAAGGAGAAGAAGAUCACAGCUGAUCAGUCCAACUGCUUGGAGGACUUGUUGGAGCAGCUGAAUUGGAGCUUCAAUUGGAAGAAGACGGACUCGAAGUCCAUGGUCGAAGGAGAGAAGCUUCCUGAGUCAGUUCUGAAGCUGCUCACACAGGCCAUCACCAGUGAGACCAAGCUGUCGGGCGAUGCUUUCAAGCUUCUCAAGAAGAUUGGCGACGAUGGCGGCGCAGACUACAAGGGUUUGAAGCUCCUGUACACCGAGAGCCAGACGCAUUUGUCAUCAAGGACUUCAAGGAGUUUCCUGGCGAGAAGGACCCCCCUCUGA